UGGAAACUCUUUCUUUCUAGGGUUUUAUUAUUAGAGCCGUUGGACGUUCCUGUCCAAACCACACGCCUUUCUCUCUCCCUCGCACAACCAUCCAAGCUUCUAGUAAUUUAUUCAGGCAAUGACCGAUUCAAUGGAAGCCAUCAUCGAUUCACUUUCGAGCAGUUUCCGACGAGUUCCUCCAGCGGCUGUUCCGGCUAUGUUGGACUGUAUAUUAGCAUCAACCGGCUCAUCUCCAUCGACACUUUUCUCUUCUCUUCUCAAUGCUUUUCCCAGUCUCACUGAGGAAACUAUGGAGGAGAGUGAAAGAUUGGAUUAUGAGGAAUGUAACUAUAUCGCCUCGUUUGUGGAUGCAUUAUGUCAUCUGUUAAAGAAGUCAGGGGCUAAUCUCGGAUCUCUGCGGUCAUUUAUUUGGAAAAUUUUAAUACCACUAGUAAAGCUUAUACAUGCCUAUGAUCGUGAAAUACUAAACAAGGUUGCAAGUUCGUUCCUUGAUGUUGUGGUUGAAACAAACAGCUGGGAAAUUUUAGAAGCAACCAUGGUGCCAUUUUUCCUGAGAGUGAUAGGUCUGUCAGCGGGGAUGGUUCGAAAUGAAGAAUUAGCAAUUUACAGAUGGGCUACGUACCCAGCUUACCAGAGUUUUGAUGAUCAGCUGACUGCUUUGGAAUUUUUUGAGGGUUAUAAUGGCCAGUCAAGUGGUUCGGACUUGAAUAGAGACUCCAUAAUGUCUCAAUUUGGGUCUUUUCCUUUACCUACAUCUUGCCAUAUUUUAACCUUAAUAUUGGAUGCUUCUCUACAAAAUAAAUGUCCCGUGGAAAGCACCCCCGGAUUGACCGUAGCAAAUGGAUUUUGUCCUGAAAUGUUUGCUGGAAAUUUGCUUUGGGAUCUUUGUAAUAUAACCCUACGAAUGCUUUCCCUAAGUUUGGAACUUCGGUCUUCUGCAAUUACCUUUCUCCUACCAUUCAUAUUUAAAGCAUUUGUUUCUGAUCGUGCUUUUAAAGUCUCAGUUCAUGGGCAGACAUGUACACUUAAUAGGAAGCAUUUCUUUUUGAAAAUAUGGAAGUGCUGCAGAACACUGUUUUCUAUGGGGCCUUCAGAGAGAAGAGAUGCUUAUGCUGUACUCUCUCUGUACUUAUCUUUCUUCUCUUGUACUGAUGGAUGUCAAGAUGCCAUUAUAUGUGAUGGAGAAGAAGCAUUUGACUUAAGAACGGAGAAGGGUUUUUGGGAUGACUUAAAAAGAGGCUUGGUCGAGAAGGAGGGUUUGGUGAGAAAACAGUCAUUACAUAUCUUGAAGACAAUGGUACGUACAAGGGAGGAAAACCAAUAUACCUCUGUUGUUUCAGAGACAAUAUCAGGAGGGAAAAGUUCGGUUGCUGGUGGUAUAACAAAAAGGGGGCUAUGGGCUGACAAGGAAGCCAAGUCACUGGGCGUAGGGAGACUAUGCAAUUCAGUGGAUCACUGUUUGAACAGUCAGCAGAAAUGGGGGGCAUUCUUCCUUCUAUAUGAAAUGCUUGAGGAGUAUGGGACUCAUUUGGUUGACGCAGCAUGGAACCACCAGAUAACCUUGUUGCUUCAUUCUUCUUUCCCAUCUGAUAAUAGUGUGAACUCUAGCAGUAGUGGGUUCCAUCCAAAUCAGAUAGAUACAUUGUCAGAAAUUUUUAAUUGGUCGGCUGUCCUGUGGGAACGGGGCUUUCGCCAUGAUAAUCCUCAAGUAAGGUGUUUGAUCAUGCAGUCAUUUUUGGGUAUCGAGUGGAAGAACUUUGGAAACCUUGCCAAAUUGGUGCCUGAAGACUUUGUACUUGGUCCAUUUGUGCAAGGGUUGAAUGAUCCCGUGCACCACAAAGAUUUUGGAGUAAAAGGAGUCUACUGUUCAAGGACUAUUGAAGGUGCUGCCAGAUUCUUAUGUCAAUAUACAGGCUAUCUUAAUUUGAGGAAACAAAUAGCAUUCUUGAACAAUUUAGCUUAUUUCGCCAAAAAGCAUUCGCUUGGACGACCUGGCUUGAUGGCACUUGCUGACUGCAUUGCGUCAGCUGCUUGUAGAGUUCGAACACCCAACAACCAUGAAGUUGAAUGGUCUAAAGAUGCUUCAACUGAUGUGGUCCAAGUCGAAUCUGCUCAAGAAAGUUCUUUUCACAAUGAUAAAGCUGACUUAUUGGAUAAUUUACGGUUUAUUACUGAGAGCAGCAAACAACAUUUCAAUCACAAGUAUCGUUGUCAAGUUUGUGAGAAAAUUCUGGAUGCUGCUGCUUCAGUGAUGUCUGUGCUUGAUGUGCCUCUUGAGGUCCUUCUGCAUUUCAUUGCAACCCUGCCACAGGAAUUUACUGAUUGUGGAGGUUUGUUAAGAUUAAAAGUACAACAAUGGCUCUCUGGGUGUGGUGAAAAGCAUGCCACUUCUACUUGUCGUGUCAGUAAUGUGCAACUUUUGAAGAUUCUGGGUGAUUUCCCUAAGAAUUUUGUUAGUCGUCAUCAAUCGGUCGAUACUUUUGCUACUUACGACGAUGAGGACUUGGAUGCAUGGGGUUUUGAAGCAGAGAGAUGGGCGAGAGUGCUGUUUCUUGUAAUCAAGGAGGAACAACAUUUGGAUCCUAUUUUGAUGUAUAUUCAAAAUGAUGGCGUUGAUGUCUGCAAAUGGACCAGACAUUUGACAUGCGCACCUUUGAAGUUUCUCAUCCUUGCUUUGAGCUUGAUUCAGGAACUUAUAGUAAUGCAAGAGAAAACAGGCAACGGUGGUAUGGGAGGGAGAACCAAAUCAGAUCUUUACCUGCCUGAGAGUGUUGGUCACUCCAGAAUUCCCAAAGCUUCCAUUUGUUUGGAGAAAUUCUCCAAAAUGUUUCUUUCUAUAUUGAAAGAGCUGGUCUCAUUUGCCGAAUUGCCUUGUUCAAUAUUCUGGUCCAAUGUGGUGAAGGAGGAAGCAGUUCUGCCUGGUUCCAUUGUAGGAAAGCUAGGAGGUCCAAGUCAACGUCGGCUAUCAACUUCUGCCACUACUACUGUUUUGCAAGCUAUAACAGCAGUGAAGACUGUUGCAUCUAUUUCUUGGUGGUGUGCGCAGUUUGGGAAUGACGUUAUACUUGAUUCUGCUUUAACUUUUCUCUGGAAAACCUCCUGGAAGAUCAUUUCAUCUUCAACAUGUAAUUCAGAGACUGAAGCAGAAAUUUGCGUAGCAGCAUAUGAAGCACUGGCUUAUGUUUUGAAAACACUAGUUUGUUCAUUCUCUCCUUUAGCUUUGGAUCUUGUCAUGGAAAAUGAUGAAUCAUUACCACCAGAAACAGAUGGUAAACCCGUGGUGGAUUCUUUUGUUCGGGCUUUUCUUCAGAACAUCAAUAAUCUCGUUGCAGUUGGAAGUUUAACAAGAUCUCGGCGGGCAAUUUUAUUGAAAUGGAAGUGGAUCUGCCUAGAGUCUCUGUUGUCAAUACCAAUCUAUGCUCGUGAGAAUGGAGUUCACUUAGUGAGUUGUAAUUGUUACUUCUCAGAUGCUACUGUCAGAUGGAUUUUUCGUGACCUUGUUGAGAGCCUCGAGAAUGCUGGGGAAGAUUCUGUUUUGCCCAUGCUAAGAUCUGUCAGAUUGAUAUUGGAGCUGUUUGCUUCAGGAAAGAUAGGUGCAGUAGUUUCCUCAUGCGAUGGCGUGGAUGUUCAGAUGAUGUGGCAGUUGGUUCGUUCUUCUUGGAUAUUGCAUGUCAGCUGCAACAAGAGGAGGGUUGCUCUUAUUGCUGCACUUUUAUCUUCUGUCUUGCAUUAUUCAGUGUUUAGUGAUGAGAGGAUGCAUGAAAUCGACUAUGAACCUGGACCUUUAAAGUGGUUUGUUGAGAAAAUUUUGGAGGAAGGCAGAAAAAGUCCACGUACUAUUCGUCUGGCAGCAUUACAUCUGACAGGGUCUUGGCUCGCAAAUCCCAUUACCAUAAAGUAUUACAUGAAAGAGCUGAAGCUGUUAACUCUGUAUGGUUCUGUUGCAUUUGAUGAGGAUUUUGAAGCUGAAUUGGCUGAAAAUCAUGAUGCAAGGAGUGAAGUAUUUUUAUUGGCUAAAAGCCCAGACCAAGAGCUGACUGAAGAAUUUGUCAACACAGAGCUGUAUGCACGUGUAUCUGUUGCUGUUUUGUUCUACAAACUAGCGGAUUUGGCCGAUUUGGUGGGAGGAUCGAUAAAUGGAAAUAUAACCAACCAUGCUAUCCUUGAAUCUGGCAAAUUGUUUCUGCUUGAGCUUCUUGAUUCUGUGUUAAAUGAGCAGGAUCUUUCUAAGGAGUUGUAUAAAAAGUACAGUGCGAUACAUAGGCGCAAAAUUCGUGCAUGGCAAAUGGUUUGCAUUUUGGCACGAUUUGUCGAUAAAGAUAUAGUCCAGAAAGUUACAUGUAGCUUGCACACAUCCCUUCAUAGAAACAAUUUGCCUGGUGUUCGACAAUACUUAGAGACAUUUGCUAUCCAUAUAUACUUGAAGUUCCCAUCAUUGGUUGGGGAGGAACUAAUUCCAUUACUUCGAAGUUAUGAUAUGAGGCCUCAGGCUUUAUCUUCAUACGUAUUCAUAGCAGCUAAUGUCAUCCUCCAUUCAACUGACAUGGUUCAAUCUAGGCAUUUGGAUGAAUUACUUCCUCCUAUAAUUCCAUUGUUGACCUCACAUCAUCAUACUUUACGGGGUUUUACCCAGUUGUUAGUGUACCAAAUCCUUCACAAACUGUUGCCAGCAAUGGAUUCUAUCCCCUCUGAGACCAUGUCUUUAGAGAAGAGGUGCUUUCAGGAUUUAAAAGCUUACUUGGCAGGUAACUCGGACUGUGCACGGUAA